AUGAAAACUUUAAUUUUAAUUUCACUUCUUGUUGUGACAAUUUCGGCUUUGCCAUCGACUCGAAAUAAUCGUAUUUGGAAUGGCGAAAAUGCAACACCUGGUCAAGCUCCAUAUCUAAUUGGAAUUUUAUGGUAUGAAUUUGCGACAACAAUUCAGCCUUUAAAUAUUUGCGGGGGUGCAAUUGUUAAUGUGUGGUGGACAAUAACUGCUGCACAUUGUCUUAUUAACAAUCUUACUGGAAUCGGUCGUUUCGAAAUUGUUGUUGGACAACAUUUUGUUUCAAUUGCUAAUCGUUCAGGUCGAGAACAAUUCCGAAACAUCGCCGUUGAAUUCAUUCAUCCAAAUUUCGCUGGUGGUGCGAGUGCUUAUGAUGUCGCGUUAAUGAGACUUGAUGCUCCACUGGCUCCAUUUAACGAAUUUGUUCAACCGAUUGCUCUUCAAGCUCAAUCAGCACCACCUCUUCAAUCGGGAACAGUCAGAUCAUUUGGCUGGGGAAGUGUCACUGGAGGGCCACCACAUGUGUUAGCUGAUGAACUUCAAACUGUGCAACUUCCUAUCAUGAGUUCUGAAUUAUGUCGUGAAGUUCUCAGCACAAUUCUUCCAAGCAAUCCAUUUAGCUCAAGCUGUAUGUGCACAGUAAGAUUCGAGAAUUCUGGAAAUGUCUGCAAUGCUGAUUCUGGCGGUCCCGCUGUUGCCAAUUUGAACGGUCAGAACGUGCUUGUUGGUGUUUUAGCUUGGGGAACGUCAUGCACACUUUCUGGAUUUCCUACAGUUUGGUCAGCAAUUGGACCUGUACGAACAUGGAUUGACCAGACUAUUCAAGCAAAUUCUUAA